AUAGAUGUCCUCAACAAUGGACAUGCUUCGGCUUUCUUUUCUUUUAUUAUAAUAAACAAUAGGGGGCUUUUUUUUUGGUAUUCUAUAUGUAUACUUAUUUAUGGUGAAAAUCACAUUAAGAGAUGUAACUGUAAAGUAUCCAUUCUUUGUCAGCCUAGCUUCCAAACUUUAAAUGGCAAUAUGUUGAAUGUAAGCUUAGAUGGUUUAACUGGUUAUGGCCAAAUAAUAUCAUCUGCUUACGAAACAGUCGCUACUUCCUAUAACAAUUAUUAUGUUAAGGGUUUUUGAGAACAUAGUUAUCAACUAUUGUAUAAAUGUCCUUACAAAGUAUUUCAGAAAACUUGAAAAAUUAGGACUAUCAAGCAAGAUUGUCUACAAUCAUUUACUGCUUUCUAAAUGGGGAGAAUAUAUGCUUCCUGAAAAUGUAAACACGCUCCCAAAUCUCCUACAAUUUUUAAACAGUGAUGUCGUUCAAAUUAGAAAUCAAUUAUCAGUAAUAUAUAUUUCUAGAGAUAUACUCACUAAAGAUCCUUCUGUAAUUCUUCCUUUGCUGAGACACAUACUAACUUACUAUGAAACUAUAUAUCAAGAGCAUGCUUCACAACACGAACAUCAAGAACAGAGACCCAAUAAUAUAAUAGUUCCAGGGAGGAACAAAAAAGAAAAACUUCACGAACUUCAUGCUCUUUUGUCACUGGAUUACAUCUAAUAUGUUUACUUGUACUACAAUAAAUAUCAAUUCACUCUUAAAAGGUUUUAAAAGCUGUACACAUAACAUCUACUUUGUAUCUAUUUUCAAUACUUUAUUGUUCUAUUAUAUGCAGAAAUCGAUGAAAUAAACAAAA